AAAUUGACAUACAACUUAUUAUCAUCAUCCGAAUUCCGAUCACUUGACUUGAAAUUUAGCAAUAAUUUUACUUUUAUUCCAGUUUAGCAAUACAUUCUUAUGUUAUUUCACCAGUGUACUAAUAAAAAGAAGUAACUUCAGAGGCAUUAGAAUCUAGAAUGCGAUGCUCCCUCGCCGUCGAAACAUUGGAGGUGAUUCGGAAAGGACACCACUUAUAGAAAACGACUUGGAAAACUAUAAUAAACUUGAUAAAAAAGGAGCCCCGUAUACAAGGACCCCUUACGAGACCAGUGUUGUACCUGAUAAUCGGAGAGAAACUAAAAGAAUUGACUUGGUCGAGGACUUCACAUUUGAUUUCUUAGAAGAGCCAGUGUUCGAAGUUGUGAUGGCCUCCAGGGACCGAACUAGUGAGUUCGUGGCGACCGUGCGCAGCCUGCAGGGCCGCAUGCUGGCCAGCCGCCCCUCCGUCAGAGAUGACAGGAAAGCUGCAGUUCUUGAGACCUACUCUCAAUUCAUGAGUAUGGCUAAAGUGAUAAGCAAAAACAUUACAAGUACCUAUGCUAAACUGGAAAAACUAGCUUUAUUGGCAAAAAAGAAGUCCUUAUUUGAUGAUCGACCUACUGAAAUCCAAGAAUUGACCUAUAUAAUUAAAGGUGACAUAAGCUCAUUGAACCAACAAAUAGCUCGGCUGGGGGAGAUGCCGCGCGGCCGGCGCAGCAUGCACAGCCACUCCUCCAGCGUGGUGCUGGCGCUGCAGUCCCGCCUGGCCUCCAUGAGCAACCAGUUCAAGCAGGUUCUUGAAGUAAGAUCUGAAAACCUGAAGCACCAAAAUACAAGGAGAGAACAAUUUUCUAGAGUUGGUCCAACUGUAUCUGAGGUUCCCACGCUACUGCAACAGGAUGAUGUGAGCAUUGACCUCGGUGAGACAUCCAACCUGCAAGUGCAGCAAUUUGCCAUGAGGGACGACAGUGACACCUAUGUGCAGCAACGGGCAGAGACCAUGCACAAUAUUGAGAGUACUAUAGUGGAACUUGGGGGCAUAUUCCAACAGCUGGCCACUAUGGUCAAAGAGCAGGAUGAAGCUAUCGGCCGCAUUGACACCAACAUUCAAGAAGCUGAAAUGAAUGUAGAGGCCGGCCACCGGGAGAUCAUGAAGUACUUCCAGAAUGUCACAGGGAACAGAGCUCUCAUGUUUAAAGUUUUUGGUGUAUUGAUAUUCUUUUUCAUUUUCUUUGUGGUUGUUAUGGCUUGAGGUUAUUCAUAUUAUGUUAUACUAUGUACGAGUGAAUUAUGGGAUUGGAAUAUAAUUUUGACACUAUCUGAGUUUGAGAGGUUCAUCCACAAUAUUGAUCCACCCAUAAACUGUUAGCCAUCAGCAGAAUGUUUCCUCCACAACAAAUUCGUGGGUGAACUUAUCAAAUCAAUAGUUAAUUAAUUGAGGCAUGGUUACAUCCCGAUUACACCAUUCAAUCUUACUAUUAUUUAAUUAUGUAUGUAAAAUAAAUAUUAUGUCCUAA